AUGGAGCGCAGUCAAGUAGGAGACCUGUCAGCAACAAAUGAGGCGCUGAGGUCCGCUUUGACCAGCCAGUUCUUCGAAUAUACCCCAGUGCCAAGAGCCUUUGAUGACAUCAAAGAUGAGAGGGAUGUCCGGAAUUGGCUAAGAUGGCUCUGCACAUCGCUGGAGCAGGCUGGCAACGACCAGUCCUAUGGGAAUCCUUUGUCCCUACACUUACACAACAGAGUGCUUCCGAGAGCAGGGGCCUGCUUGGAUGUGGCAUCCGUUUCUCUGAGCUUCCGACGCGUGAAGCUCUCCAGUGAUAGUGCCUCAACCACUACAGACAGGUUUUCCCAGCUAUAUCCGUUAACAUGGAUGGCAAGUACCAUCGCUCCCGGACAAGAUGGAGGGAGUGUUGAAGAAACAUCUACCAUCCUCGCUGGCAAUGUGUCAUGGGUGCACACGCCAUCUUGCUCGUCGUGUGGAGAUGCAGGAUACCAAGAUGCUGGAGGAUACCUGGCAAUGACCACGUCUUCCGCAACUGGUACAUUUGUCCAUUUGGUUGACCAGUCACAAACGUUUGAUGUGCAACCAAAUGAAGACGUCUAUCAUUGCGACCAGCGACUUCUAAGAUCUGGAAGUGUGACUUUGGAUGCCUUUCUGUCUGAGCCGUUCUUUGAUCCGCAGCUCGGUAGCCUGACUGUGGAGUUCCAGUCCUACAACGCAAACUACCAGAGCUUGUCGAGAGUGAAUGUGUUUUUCCAGUUCAGUGCCGCCGGUGGACUCUCCUCGCACAGCCUUAGAGCAGAUACGAUUCGAUUGGACGUCUCUCAUGGUUGGAUUCAUUACUUUGAGUAUGCCUACCUGAUCCUCACAUGCCUCUAUUUCUUCGAGCUGGUCUACAGAAUCGGCAAGGGCUUUCCCACAUACUUGAGAAACUUCUGGUGCUACGUUAAUGCAUGUUCCAUCAUUGGAAGCAUCAGUUGCUUUGGUCUCUGGUAUUACUACAUGCCUCGGCUACGAGAUUUCCAAAUCGGACGGCAGUUUGAGCAACCAGCUGAGUUUCAAAGCCGAUUUGAAACCUUCUCCCUCUACAUCGUGGCUUCUUCGUUUGCCACGUUCACCAUCUACUUAAGGGUGCUUCAGUUUCUCUCCAACACACGCUCGCGCGUGGUUCUCCUCCUGAAGACCAUUAUGUUCAGUGCAGGAAAUAUGGUCGUGUACAUCCUCUACAUCGGUGUGAUCUUUGUUGGCUUCUUCACAUUCGCUUUAACGCACUUUGCGCCACUCUCUGCAAACUUCACUGAUCCAUGGCACACUUUUGUUAGCACCUUCUCGCUGUUCUUCGGGGACCUGAGUGUGGUAAAUGGCUUCCAAGCACCACUCCGGGUUCCUUUCAUUUGGCUCUUCAUGUUCUUCUUUUUCUUCUUGUCGGUGCAGAUGUUCAACGCGAUCAUCAACUACUCGUACAACAGGGUCUCGGAAGACAUGAAGGCCGUGUUCCAACGUGAGCAGUACGAGCAGCAGCUGAAGAGAAAGAAGAAGGGCAGGAGUCUCUGGCAGAUUAUCACCAGCUUGCGCAAGCCCAAGCCGGCGGAAGAGCAGGAAGAUGUUGAAGCAGUUUCUGCAGGGGUCAAUGCACAAACUACUGCCGUGGUGUCAGAUGCAUCGGCACUUGAUGAGGCAGUUCGACAAAAGGUUGAGGAGUACCGUGGGAGGGACACCAACAAGAGUGCCAAGGACGGCAUUUGCACAGCUGUGGCAUACACCGUCAUGGUGGCAUGUUACAUCUGGUUCCUUUAUGUCAACAUGAGGGUUGAAGAGAAGAGUUCCGUUCGCCUUGUGGUCAACGAAACGGUGCAUGCACUGGAAGUGUCCUCGUCAAUGGCGUUGGGAUCUGUUGAGCCCCCUCCGGAAACAUGGGCAGACAUUCACGCAUGGCCACAGGCAAUUUCUUGGAUUCAAGCUGGACUGCCGCAGUUGGUCUUCAACUCCACCUCCGCAACCAGCAUGGCCUUGGCCGUAUCCGCAGCAGAGCCGGUGGCAUCCGAAGGCACCCGAUGUCUACGAUCUUGGAACUGCUUCGUCACAGGCAUAUCUGCGAAUGCUAGCCGGAACAUUGUGCGCAUCACGCAGAAGAGAAGCAAGAGAUUGUUGAACAACGGUGCUCGCCAUGACUCUACGCCAGAUGACGAGCGUUUCAUCGGUGGGAUUGACAAUGUUACGGGAAAGGAGGUGCAGCAGCUGCUGGUGAAUGUCUCGGGGUUCUCCCAACGGAUUGAUCCUGAGUCCUCCAGCAACGUUGCCGAGGAUACGAAUGUGCAAUUUCAACUUGCCCUCAGGGAGCAAGAGCUUUGCAGAAGUGUGGCUGCAGACACACCCGGCAGCUACAAGAAGACUGGCGGAAUCGUGUGCGAGCUGGACUCAGAUCCAGUGAUCUUUCGGGAGCAGAUGGAUCUCAUGCUUUCAAGUGAGUUCUUCACAACAGCUUCUGCCACUUUUGUAGUUGAGCUUGUAGCUCACAAUGUCAACCGAGACGUGUUGAGCUACAUCAUCAUCAAGUUCGUGCAAACGCCAGCCGGCGAAGUGAAAAAGGACCUGCGGGUAUACUCUCUGGCAUUGUUUGGGUGGGAUGUGGGAGUAGACAAGCUGGAGUACUUCAUAGGACGUCUACUUCCUGGAGUAGUGUACAUGAUCCUCGUCACAUGCUUCACCAUCAUGCUCUAUCGGGAGAUGCAGACAGAGCACACCCGCAGAGCAGUCUCUUUGGAGGGUGCAGGCAAGGGCCCAGGCUUCCUGACCACUAUCUACACCUUCUUCGUCUCUGACAUCUUCCGGCCUGUGGAUGCGCUUUCAUUUCUGAUGUCCUUCUGGAGCUUUGUGCUCUUCAUCAUGUGGCUGGUGAAGGAAGGCGAACUCCCGCAGAAGCUUUCGGCAGAUUAUGGCUCGAUUGUUGACUUUGCAUCUGAGCUGACAGCCCAGGAGAGAGAGUACAACCGCAUCUCAUCCGCCAACUUGCUCCUAAUUUUUGUGCGACCUCUUCGCUUCAUUCGCGAAGACCCUCGCAUCCAAAAGAUCAAUCAGACGCUGAAGGAGGCUCGGACCGACAUUUUUUGGUUCAUCGUAGUCCUUGGCAUCGUGCUUUUCGCAUGUACCUUACUGUCCUUUGUGUCCUUUGGGCCUUCCUUUAUCAAGUGCGCCGACAUCUUUACCGCCUUCAUCUUCUGCUUCUCUUUCAUUAUUGGAGAGUUCGAUUUCUGGAGCCUCUACAAUGCAAAUCCCACCAUGGCAGUUCUGUUCUUCUUCCCGUACCUCAUUCUCGUCUAUUGCGUGUUUACUAACAUCUUCUUUGCGAUUCUUGAUCGGUUUUUUGUCUCCGCGGAUCCUCCACCCAUCAAGUUCAAGCGCAAGCUAAAGCCGAUCUUCUCCAAGAUCUGUCGAUGUAUCGACUGGGACGAUGACUUCGUAAUGGAGGGGGACCCAAAGGCUGCCAAGAAGGACGGUCCAGUCUCACGUGCAGGCCGUGUGGCAUUCACUGCUAAGGUGAUCCACAACAUCCGCAAAGGUUUGGAUGGAGAAGCUGGCGGCCAGAUGUCUUUGAGCAAGCCGCUUCGUGAGGUUUGCGACAUGGAUGACCGCCUCUUGGGCGUGGUGAAGUGGGGCAAGGAGGAGGCCUCCUCAUUGGUCAGUGAGUUUCAGAACCUUCUCGCCAAAAAGCAGAAUUACAAGAACGAAGACGUGUUCAUAAAGCAGGUUGUCAUGAAGAAAGUUGACCAGGAUGAAGGCAGGACCCGAGCAGAGAUGGAAGAGGCACAUCGGCAGAUGAGGUAUGCAGCCGAAGUUCAUGAAGUCAUGGCAUUGCGUGACCAGCAGACGCUCGCAAAGUAUAUCUGGCUCUUGGAACAGAAGAUCCAGAAGAAGAUGAAUGACCAGCAUGCCCUAAAGAUGGAGGUUCAUCACCUUCAGGAAGAAAUGGACAGGAUGCGUUUCACCAAGGAAGAGCUGAGGAACCAAGCAACUGGCAUGGGCUCCACAGAAGCAAUGCCGGACGACGAGACCAACGGCCUUCCAAAUUCAGACGAGGAGGAUAUGGAUGAGCUUCGCGAAGGCGAAGUUGUCGCCGGAGCACUGACCGCAGAUGACCCUAACGCAGCCAUGGACCAUCCAAUGCCGCGGGAGAACCCGACGACCAUCUCGAUGCUAAAUGCGUUGAAUGGCCACAAGGCGUAA